AAGUUAGUUUGAGGCGGGGCCUGCAGGGGGCGGGGUCUGCAGGAGGCGCGAUCAGGUAACCGGGCUGGGUUCCCACUAGGUGCGGUCUAGGGGUGCUGGGGCGGUGGCAAGGGUGGAGGGCCGGGUGGUGACAGCAGCCUGGAGCCGCAGAGGCUCAGCUUCCGCUUGGUCCCAGCCUCGUGGGAGCCCCGCGGGUCCUGCCCAGAUGUGGAAGACUGAGGCCUGUUGAAAGUGCAGAGCUCAGCCCCAUCAGCCCCAGCACCCGCUGUCCCCAAGAGCUCCAUGCAGGUGCCACAGGAUGGAGAGGACCUUGCUGGCCAACCCUGGUACCACGGCCCCCUAUCCCGCCAGAAAGCUGAAGCUCUUCUUCAGCAAGAUGGCGACUUCCUGGUUCGUGCCUCUGGGUCCCGUGAGGGCCACCCCGUGAUUUCCUGCCGCUGGCAGGGCUCAGCCCUCCAUUUCGAGGUGUUCCGUGUGGCUCUGCGUCCACGGCCAGGCCGACCCACAGCCCUCUUUCAACUCGAGGAUGAGCAAUUCCCUAGCAUGCCCGCUCUGGUUCACAGUUACCUGACAGGCAGGCGCCCACUGUCCCAGGCCACAGGGGCUGUGGUCUCCAGGCCCGUGACUCGGCCGGGGCCUCUGCGACGCAGCUUUAGUGAGGACACCCUGAUGGAUGGCCCAGCCUGGACAGAGCCGCUCAGGGUGAGGAAGUGGAGCAGCAGUCAGCCUGCAGAUUUGGCACACAUGGGGCAGUCAAGAGAAGACCCCUCUGGGAUGGGAGCCUCCACCAUGCCCGUAUCUGCCUUGCCCCGAUCGGGCAGUGAGCCCGUGUUGCUGAAGGCCCCUGCUUCCCUGGGAACUAUUGCCAACAGUCUCAGGGGUUCCGAUGGGCAGCUUCAAGCCAAGGCACCAACGAAGCCCCCCCGGACACCCUCCCUCGAACUGCCUGAUGUCCCUGAACGCCCCCCAACAUACUGCGAGCUAGUGCCCCGUGUCCAGGGAACAUCCCUGAGCCAAAGCUGCCGAGAGCCAGAGGCGCCAUGGUGGGAGGCCGAGGAAGACGAGGAGGAAGAGAACAGAUGCUUUACAAGACCACAGACUGAGAUUGCUUUCUGCCCCCCUGACGCCCCCUCCUGCCUGCUGGGCCCCCAGAAUCGGCCCCUGGAACCCCAAGUCCUGCAUACUCUCCGUGGCCUGUUCCUGGAGCACCAUCCUGGGAGCACUGCCCUUCACCUGUUAUUGGUAGACUGCCAGGCCACAGGCCUCCUGGGAGUGACCAGGAAUCAGCGGGGCAACAUGGGGGUCUCAUCUGGCCUGGAGCUGCUCACUCUUCCCCAUGGACAUCGCUUGAGGUUGGAACUGCUGGAGAGGCAUGAAACACUGGCGCUGGCUGGGGCGCUGGCGGUGCUGGGCUGCUCGGGGCCGCUGGAGGAGCGCGCAGCCGCACUGAGGGGCCUGGUAGAGCUGGCGCUGGCGCUGCGGCCAGGGGCGGCGGGGGACCUGCCCGGGCUGGCUGCGGUCAUGGGCGCCCUGCUCAUGCCCCAGGUGUCCCGGUUGGAGCACACGUGGCGCCACCUUCGAAGGAGCCACACGGAGGCUGCGCUGGCCUUUGAGCAGGAGCUGAAGCCGCUGAUGCGGGCUCUGGAUGAGGGCGCUGGACCCUGCGACCCCGGCGAGGUGGCGCUGCCGCACGUGGCACCCGUGGUGCGCCUGCUGGAGGGCGUCGAGGAAGUCGCGGGGCCGCUGGAGGAGAGCGGUGAGCGGCUGCUGCGCACCCUGCAUGGGGCGCGUCAGAUGGCCCGGCUCGCACCCAAAUUCCGCAAGGUGGCGGCCCAGCGUCUGCGAGGAUUCCGGCCUAACCCAGAGCUGAGCGAGGCCCUGACUACCCGCUUCCUGCGGAGGCUGCUCUGGGGUAGCCGGGGCGCGGGAGCUCCGCGCGCUGAACGCUUUGAGAAGUUCCAGCGCGUCCUCGGCGUCCUGUCGCUGCGCCUGGAGCCUGACCGUUGAGAACGCUGACCCUCUUCCUCGCACCCGGGCCCCCCAGUUUUUGUGAACCCCAGAAGAGACCAAGGGAGUCGUCCCAGGAUCCUCACGUCCUCAGGUGGAAACCUGCCCUGCGCCUCGCAGAAGAGGUGGGGAGCACAGUGAAGGCCAUCUGGGUCACCGUGCACAUGUGAACUGCAGAUCUGGCAUCCGAGGCCAGAGUUCAACUCUGACUCCACCUCUUAAAACCUGCCUUUAACUUAAAAUCGUGGCCUGUAAUCUCAUCACUUUGGGAGGCCGAGGAGGAAGGAUUGGCUUGAGGCCAGGAGUUCAAGAGCAGCCAGGGCAACAUGGUGAGACCUCAGCUCUACAAAAACUUAAAAAUAAAAAACUUUUUAAAAAUGUAAAA